CGCGCUGGCCGAAAGCGACCAGCACGCGUUCGUCGUGCAGUUUCAGCAGCAGGUCCAGCGGGUAACUGAAAGUUUUCUCAGCCUCAGCCCGUGGCGAGUAGCUGUCCCACUGGUAAAUCAGGCCGCCGGCUUUGUUCACCACGUACACGCUAAAAAUCGCCAUCACUGCGCCACGGCUAGGGUAUACGAUCCCGCCCCUACCAGGCGCUCCAGUCCCGGAACUGGUGUCAUAGCCUCGCCUCUGAUGUCCCUCUUGCGGCCCUCCCCCCUCCUAGAGCGCACGCGCAAGCCAAGGCCCCAUCGUUCUAACAAAGGAAUUUCUGGGAACUGGCCUACUGUAUUUCUCAGUGACCGAGGAGAGGAUUAGUGGCUGUCGGGUGACCCGCGGCAGAGGGCAGCAAUUUUGCGACCAGCCUCAGAGUUUGUAGGUUGGAAGCCACGCCCCUGCUACGCCCCACGAGAGGCGGAGUUUAGCCAAGCCGUGGUCCCACCCCUUUGCCCCGGAAGUACUCUCUCGAGGCAGAGGUUUCUGGGAUUGGUGGCCCACCGGGCUUCCUUUUUCUCCGACAUCUUAGUGAGGCUGCAGUGGUCCACACGACUCUCUGAGCUUCGCCAUGCCGCCCAAAGACGACAAGAAGAAGAAAGAUGCCGGAAAGUCGGCCAAAAAGGACAAAGACCCAGUCAAUAAGUCUGGCGGCAAGGCCAAGAAGAAGAAGUGGUCCAAAGGCAAAGUUCGGGACAAGUUGAACAAUCUUGUCCUGUUUGACAAAGCGACAUACGACAAGCUCUGUAAGGAAGUUCCCAACUAUAAGCUUAUUACUCCGGCUGUGGUCUCAGAGAGACUGAAGAUUCGCGGUUCCUUGGCCAGGGCAGCCCUGCAGGAGCUCCUCAGUAAAGGACUUAUCAAGCUGGUUUCAAAGCACAGAGCCCAAGUAAUUUACACCAGAAACACAAAGGGUGGAGACGCCCCAGCUGCUGGUGAAGAUGCAUGAACAGGUUCAAUCAGCUGUACAUUUGGGAAAAUAAAACUUUAUUGAAUCAAA